UAAGAGGAAAGAGAUUGGGGAUAUGUUGUUAGAAGAGAAUAUCGUUAUGAUGUGACUUAUUCCUCUCUUGUUGAUGGUUGGGCAUGUGCAGCUGCUGUUUCUAUGGUCAGAAUGUUUUAGACAAAGAGAUUUUCAUGGGCUCCUUAUUUUGUAGUUUGGCCAAUUGCUUAUCUCUACUUUCAACCAAUUAAAUUUUUGAAACACAAUAAAAAAUACUUUGAUAUGUGCAAUUUGGGUGAAACAUUUUACCUUGGAAGAGAAAGAAACAAGGUUCUGGCUGAAUGUAACAGAAUAUUAGAUAGAGAGGAUUUCUGAUCCUUAUAAUAACAUAAUAAUAAUAAUAAAAUAAAAUAUUUAUGAUU